AUGAGCUCAGGUUUCAUAUCAGAAUCAGAAAUAUUAGAGGCGAGACGCCGGCGUCAAGAAGAAUGGGAAAAAGUUCGAACGGAAGAUCAACCGAAAGAGGCGCCUGAGGAAGCGUACGACACCCGGCCCUUAUACCAACGGCUUGAGGAACAGCGAAUGAAGAAAGAGGCUGAAUAUGAAGAAGCACACAAACUUAAGAAUAUGAUAAGGGGUUUAGAUGAUGAUGAAGUAGGUUUCUUAGACCUGGUUGAAAGAACUAAAGCCGAGGUCGCACAGCAGAUCAGCAUUGAAGAACAGAAAGAAAUGAAGGAAUUCAGAGAAAGAGUAUCAAGCCUGGCAGAAAGUGAAGAAUUGAGUCGUCUUAGGGCACAACUCGCCCCAACUAAGGCUCCACCCACACAACACAACAGAAACAAACUUGAAGGGGUGGUUGUAAGGAAACGGAAAGCGAGUGAGGUUGAAGACAGCGGUCCACCGACAAAGAAUGGAGUUGUUAGCCACAAUCAAAGUGGUCAACCAGAUUUGAAGAAUGGAAAUACUAAUUCAAACAUCCCAAGCAAAUUGGGUGCCAUGAAAUGUAUUGGUGUGCUGCCGGGGCUCGGGUUCUAUGAAUCAUCAUCAAGCGAGGAAUCCAGCGAUGAAUCUGAUGAUAAUGACAAAUGUACUGACAAAAGAGAUCUUCUUGGACGGAGAUCGGACCAAGCUGAUAAGAAAAAAGAUGAUGAUAAGAAUUAA